CCGCUGGGUCUGUGGUGGCUCAGGUUCCUCGUCAUAAACCGAGCGACGGUGUGUUGAUCUGUCUUUCCCAGGAAUUAGUGAUCCCUCGACCCUCCUAGGGAAAAAAAGAGAGGGAUGUCUCUACGCUGCGGGGGCGCCGCCUGCACCGUGGGGCCCCGGAUAUUCGGAAGAUAUUUAUGCAGUCCAGUCAGAGCAGUAAGUUCCUUGCCAGAUAAAAAAAAGGAAUUCUUACAAAAUGGACCAGACCUUCAAGAUUUUUUAUCUGGUGAUCUUGUGGACAAGAGCAAGUGGGAUGAAUAUAAAGGAAACUUAAAACGCCAGAAGGGAGAAAGGUUAAGACUACCUCCAUGGCUAAAGACAGAGAUUCCCAUGGGGAAAAAUUACAAUAAACUGAAAAAUACAUUGCGGAAUUUGAAUCUCCAUACAGUGUGUGAGGAAGCUCGAUGUCCCAACAUUGGAGAGUGUUGGGGAGGUGGAGAAUAUGCCACUGCCACAGCCACAAUCAUGCUGAUGGGUGACACAUGUACAAGAGGUUGCAGAUUUUGUUCUGUUAAAACUGCAAGAAAUCCGCCUCCGCUGGAUGCCAGGGAGCCCUACAACACUGCAAAGGCAAUUGCAGAGUGGGGUCUGGAUUAUGUUGUCUUGACGUCUGUGGAUCGAGAUGAUUUGCCUGAUGGAGGAGCUGAGCAUUUUGCGAAGACUGUAGCAUACUUAAAGGAAAGGAAUCCAAAAAUUCUUGUGGAAUGUCUCACUCCUGAUUUCCGAGGAGAUCUAAAAGCAAUAGAAAAAGUUGUUCUAUCAGGACUGGAUGUGUAUGCACAUAAUAUAGAAACAGUUCCAGAAUUACAGAGGAAAGUUCGUGAUCCCCGGGCCAAUUUCAACCAGUCUCUGCGUGUACUGAAACAUGCCAAGGAGGUUCGGGCCAAUGUGAUUUCUAAAACAUCUAUAAUGUUGGGUUUAGGCGAAAAUGAUGAGCAAGUAUAUGCAACACUGAAAGCACUUCGGGAGGCCGAUGUGGACUGUUUGACCUUAGGACAAUAUAUGCAGCCAACAAAACGCCACCUUAAGGUUGAAGAGUACAUUACUCCUGAAAAGUUCAAAUACUGGGAAAAAGUAGGAAAUGAACUUGGAUUUCAUUAUACUGCUAGUGGCCCUCUGGUGCGUUCUUCAUAUAAAGCAGGUGAAUUUUUCCUGAAAAAUCUCGUGGCCAAAAGAAAAAAGUCCUCUGAAGUAUAACAAGACCUUCAAGAUCACAGGAAUUUUUAAUAUCUGAUUCCAGUUGGUAAGAGAAGUGGUACCUGACUUCAGUGGACAUACCUCAGUCUCAUUGUUUUAAGAAACACGUUGAGGGGCGCCUGGGUGGCUCAGUCGUUAAGCGUCUGCUUUCGGCUCAGGUCAUGAUCCCAGGGUCCUGGGUUGGAGCCCCACAUCAGGCUCCCAGCUCGGUGGGAAGCCUGCUUCUCCCUCUCCCACUCCCCCUGCUUGUGUUCCCUUUCUCGCUGUGUCUCUCUCUGUCAAAUAAAUAAAAUCUUUAAAAAGGAAAAAAAAAGAAAAAAAAACCACAUCGAUAGCUGUGCAUAUUUAAUUAAAUAAUUGACUUGUCUUUUAGCCUUUCUUCUUUGUUCUAUUAACAAUGGCUUGAUGUGAUGUAAUCAUAAAAUAUCUUUCUAAGAGUUUUACUAUUAACAGUAUAAUUUAAAAAUACAUGAAAAACUUCCAGAGAA